AAUUAUCUUGGAACAAGUUCACAGGAAAGGCCUUAUAUUUAACUACCGCAUGGCCAAGCUUUUGCCUGGACCCACCAACGAGCUCAGAUUUAUUUGCAAUUGUUGGCAGCCACGACUUGACAAGAGGGGAGUUCGCGACGUUGUUUCCACGACCGACCGCGGCCCACAAGCUUGUUUACCGCUCAGCCCCUGCAGCCCAGCCGCUUAUCUUGAGACUUAACAACAGCUGCGACGGCGGGAAAAUACUCGUGUGAGCACAAGAAAAGGGGGCCCGGCGCCCUCACUAGGCUGGCCGCGGCCUGUAUUCAAGGAUCGCUGUGUGCAUUUUGCGCUCAGCUAAACCGAUAGCGCUGUGGAGACAGCGUCUACCCGGCGGGGCGCGUGCAUCCUCAUGUUUGCACCCGGGUUAAGUUGAGCGAAAAUAGGCUGCGGGGCAAGCACGUCGCGCGCCACUGUGGUCCCAGAAAUCACAGUGGUGCGCGACCCCGAGGACUUCGAGCUCGAGUCGAUUGUCCUACAGCGGACAAAUGUGGCAGAGUUUGACGCAACGCUCGAGGAGAUGGAGACCAUUUUGGCUCAAUUUGUGACAUGGAAUAACGUCAUCAAUGACUACGCAGUCAAUGUUCAGAACCUUCUGGCGCCCGCCCUCGGCGCAAUGGUCGCGGAGGUGUCCGUGGGCCGCAACGUCGAUGUUGUGAACCUGGACCUGGUGACGCCGUUUAACAAACAGCGUGCAGCGCCACAGCACCACAUCCUCUUGGAAUGGUUAAAGAACAAGGACUUGCGGGAGGCGGAUGCGGCGCUGGCGCAGGCGCGGCUGAGCCUUAUGGAGUUCAUGGAGCAGCAGGCGGACGCUGCGGCGACGGCCGGGCGCGCCAGCGCCGGCCUGGCCCGCGGCAGCGGCAGCAACAACAUUGUGUUGGACGUGCCGCGGUUAGCACGACUAGACACCUCGGGGGCAGCCACGCUGGCGCUGCUGACGGAGGCCAGCCCGCACGCCAGCUCGCCGUCGGGCGACGCGCGCACCGCCAGCGGCCGCCCGGGCGCCGGCGCGACGGCGGAGGCCGCCACCACCAGCUCGCCGCCUCGCGCCUCGGGCCUGAACGGGCAACCCGGUAGUGACGGCGUGCCGUCGGGCCCGGGGCGGCCACCGGGCACAGCGGAGUCGGCGUCCACGGACGCCUCGGACACGCAGGACCUGCAGCCGCUGACGACCACCCAGCACCUCAACCACUUCAACGCCUGCGUGUCCGGGCUGCAGCAGCACUUGGGCCCGAACUUCGGAAUAUACUUUCACGUCACGCCUGCCGCGUGCCCCGUCAAGGGCCGCUGCACGCACGUGCGCCUUAUGCGUCACCCUCAGCCCUCCAAGCUGGCCGUCGCCGUCACCUCGGGCGCCGCCGCUGACCCCAAGUCCGCACACAACCCGCGAGCCUCCGCGCGGCAUGGCCGCACCGGCAGCGUCACCAGCCCAUCCGGCGCGGGCGCGCUCUCCCGCGCCGCCUCCCAGGCGGCCUCCAAGCACUACCCCAGCUCCAACGGCAUGCUGCACGGGCCCAGCAACCUCAGCAACGUGCGCAGCAACGCGGAGGAGCCGGGGCCGGCGCCGGGCAGCGCCGCCGCCAUCCUGGGGGUGGAGGCGGUGCCGGCGACGCUGGUGGACGUUGUGUACAGCGGCAUGACGGACGCGCUGCUCAAGGCGGAGCGCAGCGUGGCGGUGGUGGGCAACGAGCUGGCCAGGCUGUUUGAAAAGUACGAGCCGCCGCUGUCGCUGGUGGAGGAGCCCAAGAACUGCCGCAAGCUCAAGACGCUGCCGGUGGCCAAGGAGUACGUGGAGGCCAACCGCAAGAUCCAGCAGCUGAACGCGGUGCUGUUCAAACUGGCCAAGGCGACAGCCAAGACCGCCUGGAUCUACUCGACGCCCUUGUCGCUGCCGGACGGCAGCCUGGGCGACAUCGCCUUCAUGGUGUGCGAGGCCAUCAGGCGCGUGGCGGACACCACCUGGGUCAUGUGCAAGCGGCAGCUGGACUCGGUGCACCUGGUCACACUGCUGACGCACUAUGAGCCGUUCACGAUCACACCGCGCUUCACCAACGACGCCGCCACGUUCCGCUUUGAGCUGGACGUGGUGGUAGACCAGGCGCUGCUCAUAGACAAGACCUUCCCGGACUUCCUGCCGGCGCAGAUGCGCGCGGUAUGGGACGCGUUGCUGGCGCUCGCGGCGGUGGUGCAGGAGAGCCGCGUGAGCUUGGGGCCCCUCCGCGAGCAGUACAAGAAGCUGCACGAGGAGGUGCGCGAGUUCUACACCAUGGCACCAGAGGUCGCCAAGGCGCACAAGCUCAGCAUCUCGGAAGCGGCGGCGGUUGUCAAGGUCGUGAACACCGACCUGGCAGCCAUCUUUGAGGCGGAGCAGGUGUUUGAGGCGUACGCGCGCAACGUGCAGCGCAUCGUGGACGCCUACACGCGCGCGCAGAAGGAGGUCAAGGCCGACCUGACCGCCAAGCUUGCAGAGCUGCAAACCAAACUGCCUCGCACCAUCAUGAAGCCCAACUUCUCGCCGGAGAUGCUGGCGCUGGCUCGCGCCGCCGUCAACCCCACCGAGCUGGCGGCCACCAUGACGCUGGCGCUCACAGCCGCCAACAUGGACCCGGCGGCCCUGGCGAUGGCACAGAACGCGCUGGCGGCAGGCGCCAUGGGGCAGCAAGGCCAGAACCUGGCGGCGAGCGCAGGCGUGGCGGCCAUGAGCGGCACUGGCGCGGCAGGGCUGCCCGGCGCUGGCGUGGGCGGCAUGUCUGCGUUGACGGCGGCGGGCGCGCUGCAGCAGCAGCAGCAACAGCAAAUGGCGGCUUACCAGCAGCAGGCCGCGGCUUACCAGCAGCAACAGGCGGCUUACCAGCAGCAGAUGGCGGCGGCGUACGGGCAGGCGUAUGCGCAGGGCAUGUACGGCGCCGCCGGCAACGGCUCCGCGGCGGCGCACACGCCGCCGCCGGCGCACGACGCGCCCGCACUGGCGGCGCACGGCACCAGCGCCGACUACACGGCGCAGAUGGCGAUGGCCCAGGCGUACGGCUACGCGGCGUACGGCGGCGCCAGCGCGUACGGCAUGCCGCACAUGUACGGCAGCAGCACGCUGGGCAGCAUGUCCAUGGGCAAGUCGAUGCGACACCUGCCGGCGCUGGCCGGCGAGAACAGCGCCGCCAGCGCGGGCUCCUUCUCUGCCGCACGCCACCAGCAGAUGCAACAAAUGCAAAUGCAGCAACAGCAGCAGCAGCAGCAGGCGGACGCCGUGACGGGUGCGGGGGCGGGCGGCAAUGGCGUGUACCAGUCGGCCGGCUACGACCCCAACACCAUUGCCAUGUUGUCUCGCAUGGGCUACGGCGGCUUUGCUGUCAGCGCGUCUCCGGGCGCGCCGGGCGGUGCCGUAACGCCAGGCGCGCCUGCGGCCGCAGCCGCUGCAGCUGGCACUGCCGGCGCGCGGUAGCGGUCAAUGCACUCAAUGCCGUAGGAACUCAUUCUAGUUACGCAGAACACUUUCGACGUAAGAUACCCUGAUUGGUUCAUUUUGAUGUGCAUUAACCAAGAUUGUGGCGGCUGUUGGUGCAUGCGCAUGUACACGCAGCAUGAUGCCGUUACCAUCGUGGCGGUUGAGGGCCGCGGUUGCGCGUGUGCGCGGGAGUGGACUCAGGAUAGGAGGAGCAUGUAGGUUGCAACGAUGAACGUGGACCUAUGGUGACUGUAUGUUGCACGACCUGGCGAUUGCAGUAGACUGCAGCAUGGGGGCCUAGGGUGACUGCUUACACGAACUUCCUCGAGCCUCAUAUGGAGUCACAGAAUAUGGCGUUGAAGCCAGAGCGUGCAUGCUUAUGAGGGUCCUAAUAUUACGCUUGGUUUCUUUCGCUGGGGUGGCGAACUGGGACAAGACUGGGCAUGUCAAUAGCUUCGAGGGCGUAAGCGCUCGGCAUGUUACAGGCGCAAAUGUGUAGGAGGAGUUCAAUUCAAUUCAGUGACCGGGUAGACACGGCCUGAGGGGUCGAGCUACAAUGGAUGGCGCAUCCGCCACGGCUUGCGCAACAGGGCUGCGAUGGACUGCGACAAGUGUAAUAAUCACUUUGUCGUAAGUGUCGCCGCAUGGGUGUCAGGUGCCAGGUCAGGUACAACGCCGCAGCCAGGUGCAAGCGGGUGUGGAUGCGCCUUGGAGGCGUUGCAGCCUGUACUACCAGGAACACCACCGCGGUGCAGGGAUACAAUACAACAACGCCGA